AUGAACGAAACUCCGCGACUGCGGUCGGCCUUCCCUACCACUCCUCGUACCGAUCCUCGCCUGCGGACAUUCAACAACAAUGGGCCUCCGCCAUUUGGGUCACCCCAGAGUCCGCCUUUCCAUAAGCCUUCUCCGAUAACACGGCCUGUAAGGCUUCCUGCCGAUGCUGCGCCCAGAAGCAGCAGCACACCGGUCAUUCCAACAGAUAUUGUCGAUGUUCCCUCGCAGAGGUUCUACGUCUUUGCAUUCUAUGUUGGUCUGACUGCGUGGAGGCUGUACAAUUCAUACAAUGUCGAGAACGACCUGGACUCAACAUGGCUAUUCCUGAAGUGGGUGGGAAUCGACGCUGCAUUCUUCGUGGCGCUGCCUGCUUUCAGGAUACCAUGGUUGCAAUGGUCAUUUGCGACCACAUUCACAUUUUGGCUGCUGCACGCCAUAGCCAACGCCUUCUUGAUGUACCAGAUUCCCAUCCCAUUGAUGUCUUGGCUGGGGGCUCUUGUCAAGGUGGCCUAUGACCGAGAGCUCUCGAUAUCGGAACACCGAGUAAAGCCUGCCGAUAUCCUACAAAAUUCGUCUAUCAUUUUGGGCAAACAGAUCAUCCACAUCCUGCCCGAAGGGUCUGCAAUUCUCAAUCCAGAAAAGAAGGCUUUCUGUCUUGACGGCUCUAUUCCUUCGGUUGAUCUACCUAUCCAGAUCAAUCAGACCAUUCCUAUUUCCAUCGAGCUGCAACGAUUCGAUCUUGAUACAGACGAAGUGGAAUCGAUCGUUAUUGGGAGCAAGCAAGCCAAGCAAAUGCUGAAGAAGGCCAAUGAAGGGUUCUCGACAUCCGAUGCACACAUCCCUCGAGUCUUGCGAUAUCCCGUCUCCAAAAAGGGCCUCUAUCAAUUGGUCAGAGUCAUCGACACGACGAAGCUGGAGGUGCGAAAACGCAGUUUCGAUGUUCCUGUAGUGUCAUGUCCACAGGCUUCCAUAUCAACCGGGUCGGUGGACAGGUGCACAGGAGAGCUGAGCAAUGUGUCGCUACAGGUCGCUGGUGUCCCACCAUUCAAGGUGAAAUAUAGCAAGACCGUCAAUCGCAAACAAUUCAGUUCAAUUGUCCAGAAUGUCCAGCCGCGCGCCGACUCGGGUUAUGUCUCUCCAGACGAGGCUUCUGAGGCCCUUGUCGACCCUCGAAAACCUCAGUGGGGUUGGACAAAAUCCACCACGGAAUCUUUCGAAAUCAACGAAGCUCUUCACCAAAAUGGAAGCCAUUCAUACACGGUGGAGGAAGUGGAAGAUGGUCUGGGCAAUAAGGUCGUGUAUGACGCGCCUAACCCUAAAGAUACACACUCUCGUCGAACGCAAAGCCUGACUGUACACAAUCGACCUCAGGUCAGUCUAUUUGGUCGCAAUUCCGACCUGAGGAUGGGGGUACCCAAGGAUAGUUCACUCAAGCUACCUGUUCGCCUCCAGCCGGGAGACAACUUGCAUUCAUCCGACUGGCCCUUGAAGCUCAAGUACACUUUCAUCCCGGAAACCGAAAACGAAGGCGAAGUGCCCCAAAUAGUAGAGCACAUUCAUGAGAUGACCGAUGAUCGUUCGGGGCCGCGGAUCAGUAAAGCAGGGCGGUAUACUCUCAACUCUAUUGAUAGCCAGUACUGUCACGGGGAGGUUGCAGAACCGUCAACAAGCACCUUGUUCAAUCCUCCCGAGCCUGGCCUUACCAUCGAGACUGAGGAUAUCUUUGACAAAUGUGCCGGUAAUCCUAUUGGCAUGUAUGUCAACUUGGACUUCACGGGAACCCCUCCAUUUAAGGUCCGAUAUACCGUCACUCAUCGUGGCAAAGCGCACCCUAAAGUGCAAGAGUUCUCUGGUAUGCGAGGCCAGAUUGAGUUACGGGAGAAAUCAGCCGGCUCUUACGUCUACAACUUUCUCGAGAUUGAAGACGACGUCUAUGACCCCAUCUCCUUGAAAGGCAAAAACCUAAUCCUGAAACAAGACAUCAGGCCGCCGGCAUCCGCAGGUUUCGUUGGCGACAAUCAUGCUAUAAAGGCAUGCCUUGGUCAGCCCGCGUCGAUGCGAGUCAGACUAACGGGUCAAGGACCUUGGGAUCUGGACUACGAGGUUGUUCACGGCGGCAAGCGGAAGAAGCAUAAUGUUCAUUCCGAAGAGGAGGUCUUCAAGAUCGAACUCCCUGGGCUGACUGACGGAGGGGCUUAUUCAGUCGUUCUGACUGGCGUUCAAGACAACACGCGCUGUCGUACCACGUUGAAAGAAGAACGCCAGAUCGAUGUGAGACCAGAACAACCGCAGGCUGCCUUUGGAGACAUUGAAGGAAAGCGAACUAUUUUAGCAUUGGACGGCAAGUCGAUCAAAUUACCCCUGCGACUCAAGGGUGUUGCGCCGUGGGCUGUCAGGCUUCAGAACUUGGACGAUGGGUCGCAGUCUAUUGAGCAGAUCUUUAGAGAUCCGAACUCCGUGUUCAUUGUCGAUCGUCCUGGCACCUAUCAGAUCCUGUCGGUUCACGACAGUUGCCCCGGCACGGUUGAUAGCAAGGCGGAUAAAUUCCAAGUCAGCUGGAUCCCUCGGCCUACGCUGUCUGUUCAGGAUUCAACAGUGGAGAAAUUGAGUGGUAACGAGCUCCGGAAACCAGGCGUGUGUCAGGGUGACGAAUCGGUGCUCGCGCUCGGUCUGAGUGGCACUCCUCCAUACCACUUGAAGUACCAGCAGAAGUUCGACCCAGUCAAGGGACCUUCAGCAAUCAGCAACAAGCCAGCCAGCUUCGCAGGCGGCAACGCCCUUAUCAACCUUGACACCUCCAAGGCAGGCGAAUACACGUAUGUGUUCACUGAACUUGCCGACGACCGCUAUGCUCAUGACAAACACCGGUUCACACCCACGGUCGUCAAGCAGCAAGUAUACGCGUUACCUGCUGCCAAAUUCGCCCAAGCAGGAAAGACCUACGGUUACUGCAAGGACGACCCGAGUUUCACUUCCAGCGUCGAAGAAGAGACCGAAAACAUUCCCAUUACCUUCACCGGCACACCGCCGUUCAGUGUCGAGAUCGCAGUUACUCACCACGGUGUGUCUGCACGACCUGAAAUCCAUCGCCAGAGGGAUAUCUUCUCCAACAGCUACUCUUGGCCUCUGUCUCGAGCAUCCCUUGACCUGGGCACACAUACGAUCUCAAUUCGGGCCGUCAAGGACGGCCGAGGCUGUGAAAGCAUUUUCGAAUCGGAUCCGUCAUCUGUGCGUGUCCAUGUUUCUUCGCCGCCGACCAUCAUCCCACUCGAAACCCAGGAGGAUUACUGUGUCGGCGAACAUGUCUCCUUCUCCCUCAGCGGCCAAGCGCCAUUCGACGUCUUCUACAUCUUCCAGAACCGCGAGCGCAAGGCACGCGUUACCGCCAGCGAGUUCCGACGACUGGCCGAGUCGCCCGGCGACUUUGUCAUUACCGGCAUCAGCGACAGUGCAAUGGGCAACGGGAAAUGCCGCGCCAGGAAGGAAAUCAAGAAAACCAUUCAUCCAUACCCGACCGUGGAAAUGGGUCGAGGCAAGACUCUCAUCAGCGAUAUCCAUGAAGGCGGCGAGGUCGACAUUCUAUUCACUUUUACCGGCACCCCGCCGUUUGAAUUCACGUACACCCGAUCCGAAAACGUCAAGAAAGGUCGAAAUCCCCCUCCAAUCCUCGAAACGCGCCACGAUACGUCGACCGAGUUCACCAAAAUGAUCCGCGCCAGCGAUGAGGGUAUAUACGAAGUCGUGUCGAUCAAGGAUCGCUUCUGCUCGUAUACCAAGCCCAGUCACAAAUCCGGCGGUGCCCGAGCGGGCGGCCAGAAACUAUUGACCUUUUGA